AGGGGGAAGGGGGAAGAGUAAGAGAUAGAGAGGGGGGGGAGAGAGAUAGAAAAAGAGAACCACUGGUAAGGACCAUCCAGAGGUGUGCACACCUAGACACACAUCUGCAGAAGGCUGCACAUAGCAACCAGGUUUAUUUUUAGCUUGAACUCUUACUUGGAGUUUUUCAGCACUUUUUCCACUCCAUUGUGGAACCCACAAUGCACUGGGCCGUAUUGCUGCUGUCCCUAGCCGGAGUCGGGGUGGCUCUGAAACCUGAGUGGCAGCCUGGGAAGUAUGAGUCCACAGAGGCUGGUGCCGCUCAGUUUGUGAGUGAUUACAACUCGACUGCUGAGCAAGUGUUCUACUACAGUACAGAGGCAAGCUGGGCAUACAACACCAACCUGACGGAGCAGAAUUCCCAGCAACAGGUGCUGGCAAAUCUGGAGGAGCAAAGUUUCACAGAAGCAUGGGGAAAGCUGGCUAAGGAAACUUUCCCUGAUGCACUUCUGAAUACCUUUAGUGAUCCAAAACUGAAGACUCUCAUCAAAAAGAUUGAUGUCCUGGGACCCGCCAACCUCCCUACCGCAGAGCGAGAGAGGUACAAUUUCAUUCUGAGUCAGAUGGACAGCAUCUAUUCCACUGCAAAGGUGUGUCCCAAACCAGGGGAGUGCUGGUCUUUGGAGCCUGAGUUGACAAAGAUUUUGGCCACAUCCCGGAGCUACAAGGAGCUACUAUAUGCCUGGGAAGGCUGGCACAACAGCUCUGGAGUACCACUCAAACCCCUUUACCCUGAAUUUGUUGAGCUCAGCAACAAUGCCUCCAUUAUGGAUGGUUUUGCAGACACUGGUGCUUAUUGGCGUUCCUGGUACGAGUCUCCAACCUUCGAGGAGGACCUGGAAAACCUGUUCAAGCAGCUGCAGCCUCUCUAUCUGAACCUGCAUGCCUUUGUCCGUCGCAAGCUGUAUAACUACUAUGGCCCCAAGUACAUCAAUCUCAAAGGCCCCAUCCCUGCCCAUCUGCUUGGAAACAUGUGGGCACAGAGCUGGAACAACAUCUAUGACUUGAUGAUCCCUUUCCCUAACAAGCCCAAUGUGGAUGUGACUAACACCAUGGUUGCCCAAGGCUACAAUGCCACCCAUAUGUUUCGGGUGGCUGAAGAGUUCUUCACCUCUCUUGGUCUGAAAGAGAUGCCUCCCAAGUUCUGGGAGAAGUCCAUGCUGGAGAAGCCCAGUGGUGACCAAGAGGUAGUCUGCCAUGCCUCUGCGUGGGACUUUUAUAACCGGGAGGACUUUAGGAUUAAGCAGUGUACCACAGUGACUAUGGAGCAGCUCUUUACUGUGCACCAUGAGAUGGGUCAUGUAGAGUAUUACCUGCAAUACAAAGACCAGCCGGUCAGCUUCAGACGAGGAGCCAACCCUGGCUUCCAUGAGGCCAUUGGAGACGUGCUGUCUCUUUCUGUAUCCACACCUAAACACCUGCACACUAUUGGCCUGCUUGACACACUAACUGAUGACGCUGAAACUGACAUAAAUUACCUGUUAAAGAUGGCAUUGGAGAAGAUAGCCUUCCUUCCUUUUGGAUACCUCAUUGAUCAGUGGCGCUGGGGUGUGUUCAGUGGACGUACACCACCUGAGUGGUACAAUUCAGAGUGGUGGUACCUCAGAACAAAAUACCAAGGUAUCUGUCCACCAGUAAGACGGACAGAGGAGCAUUUUGACCCUGGGGCAAAAUAUCAUAUUCCAGGAAAUACUCCAUAUAUCAGGUACUUUGCGAGCUUCAUCCUGCAGUUCCAGUUUCAUCAGAAGCUUUGCCAGGAAGCUGGACACACUGGACCGCUGCAUAAGUGUGACAUCUAUAGAUCACCCAAGGCCGGGGCUGUUUUAGAGAAAGUCAUGCAGUCCGGUUCCUCGAAGCCCUGGACUGAGGUGCUGCAAGAGACUUUGGGCACAAACAAAAUGGACGCCGGUGCCCUAAUGGAGUACUUUCAGCCCAUCACCACCUGGCUAGAGGAACAGAACAAGCAGUCGGGUGAAACACUCGGCUGGCCUGACUUUGAUUGGAUGCCUCCUGUUCCACAAGGUUACCCAGAAGACAUCGCUGACAAAAUAACUGAUGAGGCACAGGCAAAACUCUUCCUGGCUGAAUACAACUCCACAGCCGAGGAAGUCUGGAACGCUUACACGGAGGCUUCGUGGGCCUACAACACUGACAUCAAUGAAAAAAACAAGCAGAUUAUGCUGCAGAAAAACCUGGACAUGGCCAAUCACACAAAGACCUACGGAUUGGAGGCCCGCAAGUAUGACACUACUGAUUUCCAGGACGCCUCAGUGAAGAGGAUCCUAAAAAAACUCAGCGAUCUGGAGAGGGCUGCGCUCCCUGAUGAUCAACUGAGAGAGUACAAUGACUUGUUGGCCUCCAUGGAGACCACAUACAGUGUAGCUAAAGUCUGUGAAGAUCAUGGUACCUGUCUUCCUCUUGAUCCAGACCUUAAUAAGAUCAUGGCUGAGUCCAGGGACUACGACAGGCUGCUGUUUGCCUGGCAAGGCUGGCGAAAUGCUUCAGGAAGAGAACUGCGCCAAAGCUACAAGAGAUAUGUAGAGCUUGCCAACUUAGCUGCCAGGAGUAACGGUCAUGCUGACAAUGGCGCUUUCUGGCGCUCUUUGUAUGAAACACCCACCUUCGAGCAGGAUCUGGAGGCAUUAUGGACAGAGCUACAGCCGCUCUAUCUCAACCUCCACGCGUAUGUCCGGAGAGCACUCUUCAAAAAGUAUGGAAAGGAGCGCAUCAACCUUAAAGGGCCCAUCCCUGCACAUUUACUAGGAAACAUGUGGGCACAGACCUGGUCGGGAAUCAUGGACUUGGUGAACCCAUACCCCGAUGCCACUCAGGUGGAUGUCACACAAUCCAUGAUAGACAAGGGCUGGGACGCUCUGAGAAUGUUCCAGGAGUCCGAUAACUUCUUCAAAUCAGUGGGUCUGGAGCCUAUGCCUUGGGAAUUCUGGAACAAGUCAAUGCUGACGAAGCCUGCAGACCGUGAAGUGGUGUGUCAUGCCUCAGCCUGGGACUUCUACAACCGCAAAGACUUCAGGAUUAAGCAAUGCACAGUGGUGAACAUGGACGACCUGAUUACAGUACAUCAUGAAAUGGGCCAUGUGCAGUAUUUCCUCCAGUAUAAGGAUCAGCCCAUCUCGUUCCGUGACGGCGCCAACCCCGGAUUCCACGAGGCCAUUGGAGAUGUGCUGGCGCUGUCAGUGUCCACACCCAAACACCUUCACACCAUCGGCCUGCUUGAUAAGGUCGAGGACAACCCAGAGAGCACCAUAAACUUCCUGAUGAGCAUCGCCCUGGAUAAAAUCGCCUUCCUGCCGUUCGGCUACCUGAUGGACCAGUGGAGGUGGAAGGUGUUCGAUGGCAGGAUAUCGAGUGACGAGUACAACAAGGAGUGGUGGAAUCUCAGGCUGAAGUACCAGGGCUUGUGCCCACCUGUAACCCGCACAGAGGAAGACUUUGACCCAGGUGCCAAGUUCCACAUCCCAGCCAACGUGCCCUACGUCAGGUACUUUAUCAGCUUUGUGAUCCAGUUCCAGUUCCAUAAAGCUCUGUGUCAAGCCGCGGGUCACACUGGACCUCUCCACAACUGUGACAUCUAUAAGUCCCAUGAGGCAGGAAAGCUCCUCGGUGAUGUGAUGAAGCUGGGCUUCAGUAAGCCCUGGCCCGAGGCGAUGGCCAUGAUCACCGGCCAGCCCGUAAUGUCCGUACAGCCUCUGAUGGAGUACUUCAGUCCCCUCAUCACCUGGCUAGAGCAGGAGAACAAGAAGAACGGUGACGUCCUCGGCUGGCCCGACUACAGCUGGUUGCCAACCACGACUGCAGUUGUGGAAGAGCACACAGCUACUGUGGAUUUCUUAGGCUUGAGUGUGGAUGAAGCUUCAGCUGUAGCUGGACAGUGGGUCCUCCUUGUGCUGGGGAUCGUUCUCCUGGUCUCCACAGCCUUCUUGGCCUACAAAUACCGGAAAUCCAGGCGCCUAAACAACAAGUCCAUCUCUCAAAUGGAGCUCAAAUAGGAAUCCAAAUGUAGACUAAACAUCCUGUGUGGCUGUAUUUUAUUUCCCUGCAAACAAAACCCAAAAAUCCUUAUAUAUUUAUUAAUCAUUUUUUUGGUCAAAUUAGUUUGACUAUGCAAAAAAAAGUCUAAGUGUUGUAAUUUAUUUGUACAAAAAAAUAUUAAAUGUUGGGUGGGUUUUCAAUUUUGUUUGUAAAGGCCAAACUGUGUAUGCAUUUUUAGAUUAAUUUUAUUGGUAAAUACAUUUAUAAUAAAUAUUAUAUAUUCCGA